AUGUCGAUGGAUGAGAUGGAGAUAGACUCGAUAGCGUCGCCGGAGAAGAAGCGGAAAGACAAAGGUGAAUCGAAGAAGCGAAAGAGACAAGAGCAGGCGAGCGAGACAGUUGUUGUCGACGACGGCGAGAAGAAGAAAAAGAAGAAAAAGGACAAACACCCGAAAAAGGGCGAGAAGCAAGCUGUAGGGGACGGUGGAAAAGGGAGAGACAAACUAGCAUCCCGAAAACCGCUAUCCAAGGCUUCGUCGAACGAUAAAGAUACCCAUUCCCUCUCCUCGACCGCAGACCAGCUCCCUUCUUUCCACCGUGUGACUACAACACUCUACCUCCCUCUCUCGCCCAUCGCUAUAUCACCCACCCAUGCCGUGUCUUCCUUGCUGGCAGAGCAUAUCUCCCCUCUACUUCUGACCUACUACCCUCCCGUCCGCGGCGUGGUUCUCGCUUACUCCAACCCUUCCAUCUCAGCCACCAAGCCUACGCCGACUCCAACAUCAACCCACACUCCCAACCCGGAACCGCUCACCCUUGCUAAAACAGCAGGUGAGUAUGGUGUCCUACACACCUAUCUGACACUUACCUUCCUCGUCUUCCGGCCCGAACGAGGCCAGACCCUCGAGGGCUGGAUCAACGUCCAAUCUGAAGACUUUCUGGGUGCAAUUGUGUUUAACUUGUUUUCCAUUGGCAUUGAACGGCGUCGAUUGCCCGCGGACUGGAAGUGGAUUGCCCCAGGCCAGCAGUCAGACAGACCCAGCACAACCAGCGCAUCACCUACAUCGAGCAGCAAGGACGAAGAAGAUGAAGACGAUGAUGAACCAGACUCAGAUAAAGAGAAUUUCAAGCCCUUGGCAUCGAAUAGUGAGGCCUCGCAGUUUGAAGACGCGGCGUCGGCGGAAACGGGAUAUUUCCAAACUCGUUCCGGUAAGAGGGUUCGGGGAACCAUUCGGUUUCGUGUUCGAGAUGUCGACGUUAUACCAGGCAGUGAGCGUGAUAAGGGCUUUCUUAGCCUUGAGGGGACAAUGUUAAGCAAGGAGGAUGAGGAUAAGCUUGUUGCCGAAGAGAGGAGUAAGGCUUCAGGUGCCGGGAGGGCAAAGAGUGGUGAUAACUACCAUGAUCCUACAUCUAGAGAGCUCCAGGAAGCGCCAGCUGUGGAUAUUGAUCUGGAUGCUGAUGAGGACGAGGAUGUGACCAUGGCUGAGGCCGUGGAGGCGCAACCGUCAAAAAAGAAAAAGGAGAAGAAGGAGAAGAAGAGUAAAAAGGAGAAAAGCUCCAAGCCGUGA